GCACUAACUGAUUAAAAACGAAUUCGCUAUCUGUUUCCACACCCCUCGUUUAUUUACAUCACUGAUAAGAUUCUAGUGAUGUCAGACAUGAUCAAAAGAUAAACAAACAAAAGCUCUGAGCUGUUCUACACAAUUUUACUCUUAUUUCUACCGGAAUCACAAUAAUGUCCAAUCCCGUGGUAAAAUCAGGUAUUUCUGUGCGAAGUUUUUUCAUCUUCAAUUCCUCGUUUGGGCCAAAGGAAGGCGAAGAAGAAAAGAAAAUCCUCUUCUACCAUCCACAAGAGACGGAUAUCGACUCAAAAAUCAAAGAUGUUGGCUUAUGUGAAGCCAUAAUCAAGUUUAGCAAUACAUUUACUAACGAUGAAAGCGUACAAGCACUUCACACCCAAAAAACAUGUCAGCUUUAUUUCCAGACGGAACCGGGCUAUUGGAUGAUCAUGAUUCUUAACGUACCGUUCGAGAGAAAAUCUCGAGAAACGGGCGAUUACAACGAGUAUCACGGCAAUGAUAUUCACGACACUGUUUAUCAAGCGGUUCUAAAACAAUCCUAUCGUAUGUUUCGUAUGUUCCAUGGGAGUUUUGAGAGCAAUCUUAAACCAGGGGAAGACUUGGAUGCAGUGGCUAGUUUGAUCGGGAAACUAGAAGAAUUUUUCAGCAAAUAUAUACUGCAAUUGCGGCUGCAGGAACGUGACGCGCUGGAUGCUUUCGGCAGUGUGCAGUACCUUCCACUGAACCAACUGCUCUUCUUGAGAGUACAAAAUUUCAUAAACAUGAUUGAGGCAACAUUCCAGCCCAUCAAGCAAUGCAUUUUCCUCUAUGACGAUCACAUUAUUUGGAGCGGUAUCAAUCCAAACGAUUUGUACACACUUUACGAGUACCUCAACGGACCAAUGCUGCAGACAACAUUGAAGAGCGAGCGAUCGUGCAAGGUAUACAUCAAGGAAUCCGGCCGUGAAAGGGUCUAUAAUUUCAUGAUCUGCCGGAAGGUACAGAACAUCACACUCUGCCUGUUUGUAGACGAUGUGGAAAACGAACAAGCUCUUUACAACGAGCUGAACGCUGUUAUUAAUCCACAACUAACGAGCAUCUCAUCAGAUAUCAGCCAGCAUUUGGCGCAGUUGUCUGCCGUGGAAAAUUCCUCCAGCAAGGAUGAUUGUUCAUCGAAUGCAAAAUUUAUCUACUUCAAUGAAUUGAAUCUUCGUCAUAGUGGUACGAUAAAAAUUGGUGCCCAGAAGAAAAACACGGCAGGAAGUAGUAUUCCAAACGAUGUAAUGAACUUGAUUGUGGAUUUGUUGAACGAUUCCAGACAGAAGGGCAAGGAUGUGACCGAGGAAACGGUUGUUAAGACACAUGACGAUUUUUGGAUUGUGAAAAGGAGUUGUAACUCGAGACACGUUUUUAUCGUGCUGAACAAGAGCUCAACGCUAAUCGAUGUCAGCGACGAGACGAAGCGAAUUCUGAACCAGAACAUGAAAGAGGUGUUCUUUUGAGCGAAAUGAAAUGUGCAAUCGUACUGCUUAUUUGUAUAUUUAUUCAAAAAAUAAAACUAUUUACCGUGGUAAUAAAAGAUUCAA